AUGUUUAUUCAAACUCAACUCCUCAUCUUCCUCCUAGGGAGCAUGCCCUUCAGGGCAUUUGCUGAAGAAGCAAGCACAGUUGCACUGGAAGAUGAAACAGUAUCCAUCGAUUUCAAAGACAGAAAUGACUCAGAGGUUGAAGAAAGGCCAACUCUGUUGCCUACCAGACUGCACACCAUAAGAGACCUGCUCCCCUUAGAAGAGCUAAUAACCACAGAAAGUAUGGUCGCUGAUAAUGAAGACAGUGAGAACUCUACUGAUCCGGAUGUUGUUGAAAAUUCUGAAGACGAAGUGGGUGGCGAGCCAGGGACUACAGACGAGAAAGAUGGCCUGGCAACAGUUGCACUGGUUGGAAUCAUCGUUGGAAUCAUAAUAGCAGUGGGAAUCGUUACUGGAAUCAUCAUUGCCGUCGUGAGGAAAAUGUCGGGCAGGUACUCGUAA